CCCCCCGUCUCAACUGCAUCAUCUCUUCUUUACCCUCUCUGUCUACCAUGAUCACCUCAUUCCUUGCCCGCUCGACGCGUGCCAGCGCCCGUCUGUCAACUUCGCUUACAACGCCUAUUUCGGGUCUUCGCUUCAAGUCCACUGGUAUGUUUUCCAAGGUCAAGAGAAUCGGGUUUGUUGGUCUAGGCAACAUGGGUCUGCCCAUGGCGACCAAUCUUUUCAACGGUUUCAAGCAUGAGGCUGAUUUUAUUGUUUACGAUAUCAACCAAAAGACAACUUCCACUUUUGUCAAAGACCAUAACACGGAUCCUAAUAAUAAGGAUAAGGUUAAAGUCGCAAAGAGUCCUUUGGAAGUUGCGCAACAAGCGACUGUCAUUGUCACCAUGCUGCCUGCUUCGCAACAUGUCGAAAGUGUGUACUUUGGAAAGACUGGUCUUUUGGAUGGUCUGACAGACAAACACUUGGUCAUGGAUGCCUCUACUAUUGACCAGUCCAUGGCCGUCCGUGUUGCCAAGGAUUUGCACGAAAAGGGUGCAAAAGCUAUUGAUGCACCUGUUUCUGGUGGAACGGGAGGUGCUCAAGCUGGAACACUCACCUUCAUGGUAGGAUCUCGGACAGAUGCUGACUUUGAUAUUGCUAAACCUUAUCUUGCAAAGAUGGGAAAGAAUAUUGUCUACUGUGGCACAAAUGGCAACGGUCAAGUUGCCAAGAUCUGUAAUAACAUGCUAUUGGGCAUUUCCAUGAUUGCCACCUCAGAAACCAUGAACUUGGGUGUACGCAUGGGAAUGGACCCCAAGCUAUUGGCAGGGAUCCUCAAUACCUCAAGCGGUCGCUGCUGGAGCAGUGAGGUCUAUAAUCCCUGUCCCGGUGUUCAGGAGAACUCUGCGGCCUCAAGGGGCUACACAGGUGGAUUUGGUAUGCCCCUGAUGGCUAAGGAUCUGCGUCUGGCAGUCAAUGCUGCAGUCGAGACAAAGUCGACAGUACUUCUCGGUGCCCUUGCUCAGCAGCUCUAUAACCAGAUGGCUGCCAAUAAGGAAUACGAGAAUCUCGAUUUUAGUGCUGCAUACAAGUGGUUAUCAGAGAACGGCAAGUGAAGAGUAAAAAAAAAUAACAUUUUGCAUCUACAGAAAAGUAUAAAUAUAUUUUCUAUAUCUCUAUUUAAAAGACGAAAAACUAAGUGGUUGCGAAAUUAGGUGGCUGUUUCAAGCUGCGGCUUCAUUG